UAUCAUCUACAUUGCUUCUCUUGCCUACAAUGCAUCCACGGAUAUUGACUGCUCUCGAUUAUGAUAUCGACACUCACCUGAAUCGCCUUGUUCCCCACUCCCGCAUAUCGAGGCUACCGAAGCCUAUAUCGAGGUUUCUAGGUUAUCGAUCGGAGGAGUACAAAGAGCCACCGCGUUUGGUCGUUGUUNUUUGGUCUUUUCUGGGAUCAUUACUCGGACUUCUGAUCAUAGGUGCCCUUUUCAAAUACGCUCCGGGUAUACGAAAAUGGCAUCCUCCAAUCAUGAUUGCGAGUUUGCCAAGAAACGCGAUCUUAGGCCAGACAUUCUCGGCCUUGACAGGAGUCAUCGUACACAAGCUGUUCCACCUUAACUCGGACUGGGAAGAUCUUCAGUGGGUUGCAGGUGCAGUCGCUUGUGCUUGUUGCUCCGCCAUUAUGGCCACGACAAACACUGUGCAUCCUCCAGGAGGCGCAACUGCCGUCCUGGCUACAACCAACGCUGAGAUCAUCGCUAUGGGCUGGAUCUUCGUCCCUUUCGUCCUCAUGAGCUCAGCGAUAAUGCUGACACUGGCUUGCCUCAUCAACAACAUCCAACGAGCAUACCCAGUAUACUGGUGGACACCAGCAAACCUGAGGACGGAAACCAAAGUCCAAGACCUUGAGAAGGUGUCGACCAACGACAGUGAAAAAGUGCUCUCAGGCCAGUCGAUGGCCAGGACUUCGAACGUAGACCCGGAUUCUGUUGUUAUAUCACCACAUCACCUCUACAUCCCUGACAGCUUCGACCUGGACGGUGACGAGUUGGCUGUACUAUCGCGACUACAAGCUCGUCUUCGAUGGGACGCUGCUAUGGAUGAACGACCUCGAGCAAACUCAAAUUCAAGC